GAUAGAUAGAGAUAGAUAUCUAGGAAAAGGAGGGGAGGGGAAGAAGGUUUUAGCCAGCGCCUAUUCUUCACCACAAUUUUAUUCCUUCCUCUUCUUCGCUCACUAUAUAUUCAAUAAUCUCUCCCUUUUCUCUUUUCAGCUGCUUUAGUUCUUUCUCUUCUCUCUCUUCCUUCUCUUUUUUUUCCCUUAUUAGUCAUCUUUUAUCUUCGGUUUGUUUUUCCUUUCCGCUUUAUUCUGUGUUCUAUAUCGUUAUCGGUUAUUUCUGCACUGCUUCCGGCUGCUAUUGUUGAUUCAUGGCUAGGGUUUUAGCUCAGUCAAUUAAUGUCCCUGGUCUAGUGGCUGAACAUAGACAUGGUCAGCAAAACGGAUCUGGAAGAUCAAAAAGACCAGCCAAAAUGAUGAAUGCAGUACGUACAAAUGGAUUAAGAAUGUCAGGUUUUACAGGACUCCGAACUUUUAAUCCUUUGGAUACUAUGUUGAGACCUGGAAUAGAUUUUCAUUCAAAAGUAUCCAUUGCAACUUCUGCACCCCGAGGAAGAUCUACCAGAUGUGUACCUAAAGCCAUGUUUGAGCGUUUCACUGAGAAAGCAAUUAAAGUAAUUAUGCUAGCCCAGGAGGAAGCAAGGCGUCUUGGUCAUAAUUUUGUUGGAACAGAGCAAAUUCUAUUGGGUCUUAUUGGUGAAGGCACUGGUAUUGCUGCCAAGGUUCUAAAGUCAAUGGGGAUCAACCUUAAAGAUGCUCGUGUGGAAGUAGAGAAGAUUAUUGGAAGGGGGAGUGGAUUUGUAGCUGUUGAGAUUCCGUUUACCCCUCGUGCAAAGCGUGUUUUGGAACUUUCACUGGAGGAAGCUCGUCAACUUGGUCACAAUUAUAUUGGAUCAGAGCACCUGCUUCUGGGUCUUCUUCGAGAGGGUGAGGGUGUUGCAGCACGUGUUCUGGAAAACCUGGGUGCUGAUCCUACUAACAUUCGCACACAGGUUAUUCGCAUGGUGGGUGAGAGUGCCGACAGUGUUACUGCUACUGUUGGUUCAGGAAGUAGUGGGAAUAAGAUGCCAACUUUGGAGGAGUAUGGUACCAAUUUGACGAAGCUAGCAGAGGAGGGAAAAUUGGACCCUGUCGUGGGAAGGCAGCCGCAAAUUGAACGUGUGACACAGAUUUUAGGCCGUCGAACUAAAAAUAAUCCUUGUCUGAUUGGAGAACCUGGUGUUGGGAAGACAGCAAUUGCUGAAGGUCUUGCUCAGCGGAUUGCAAAUGGUGAUGUUCCUGAAACCAUAGAGGGCAAAAAGGUUAUAACCCUUGACAUGGGUUUGCUUGUUGCUGGAACUAAAUAUCGUGGUGAGUUUGAGGAGAGGUUGAAGAAACUUAUGGAAGAAAUCAAGCAAAGUGACGAGAUAAUCCUUUUUAUCGAUGAGGUACACACUUUGAUUGGAGCAGGAGCAGCAGAAGGGGCAAUUGAUGCGGCUAACAUACUUAAGCCAGCUCUUGCAAGGGGUGAACUCCAGUGUAUUGGAGCCACAACACUAGACGAAUAUAGAAAGCACAUUGAAAAGGAUCCUGCUUUAGAGAGACGAUUCCAGCCAGUUAAAGUACCAGAACCAACUGUUGAUGAAACAAUACAAAUUCUGAAAGGACUUAGAGAACGAUAUGAAAUUCAUCACAAGCUCCGCUAUACUGAUGAGGCUCUUGUAGCUGCUGCACAGUUGUCAUACCAGUAUAUCAGUGAUCGGUUUUUGCCUGACAAAGCUAUAGAUUUGAUUGAUGAAGCUGGUUCCCGAGUUCGGCUUCAACAUGCACAGUUACCUGAAGAAGCAAGAGAACUUGACAAGGAGGUCAGGCAGAUUAUCAAGGAGAAAGAGGAAGCUGUUCGCAACCAAGACUUUGAAAAGGCUGGAGAGCUACGAGAUAGAGAAAUGGAUCUUAAGGCACAGAUCUCAACACUUGUAGAGAAAGGCAAGGAGAUGAGCAAAGCAGAGACUGAGGCAGGGGAUGGAGGUCCUACGGUGACUGAAGCUGACAUACAGCAUAUUGUCUCAUCCUGGACUGGUAUUCCGGUUGAGAAAGUCUCGACAGAUGAAUCUGAUCGCCUCCUCAAGAUGGAAGAGACUUUACAUAAGCGAGUCAUUGGUCAAGAUGAAGCAGUGAAAGCCAUUAGUCGGGCUAUUCGUCGAGCUCGGGUUGGACUGAAGAACCCUAACCGUCCAAUUGCUAGCUUCAUCUUUUCUGGUCCAACUGGUGUGGGUAAGUCUGAAUUGGCCAAAGCAUUGGCUGCAUACUACUUUGGCUCUGAAGAAGCUAUGAUACGACUUGACAUGAGUGAGUUUAUGGAAAGACACACAGUUUCCAAACUUAUUGGUUCACCUCCUGGAUAUGUUGGUUACACUGAAGGUGGGCAGUUGACUGAGGCAGUUCGACGUCGUCCUUACACUGUUGUACUAUUUGAUGAGAUUGAGAAAGCCCAUCCUGAUGUGUUCAACAUGAUGCUUCAGAUCCUGGAAGAUGGAAGACUAACCGACAGUAAGGGAAGAACUGUGGAUUUCAAGAACACACUUCUUAUAAUGACAUCAAAUGUUGGAAGCAGUGUGAUUGAGAAAGGAGGCCGCCGAAUUGGAUUUGAUCUGGAUUAUGAUGAGAAGGAUAGCAGUUAUAAUAGAAUCAAGAGCUUGGUGACUGAGGAGCUAAAGCAAUACUUUAGGCCAGAAUUUUUGAAUAGAUUGGAUGAAAUGAUUGUCUUCAGGCAACUCACAAAACUGGAGGUGAAGGAGAUUGCUGACAUAAUGCUCAGUGAGGUGUUUGAUAGACUGAAGGUAAAAGAUAUUGAACUUCAAGUAACAGAAAGAUUUAGGGACAGAGUGGUGGAAGAAGGUUAUAAUCCGAGUUACGGAGCCAGACCUUUAAGAAGAGCUAUAAUGCGACUUUUGGAAGACAGCAUGGCAGAGAAGAUGCUUGCUAGAGAGAUCAAAGAGGGUGACUCUGUUAUAGUGGAUGUUGAUUCUGAUGGUAACGUGAUUGUGCUCAAUGGUAGCAGUGGAGCCCCCGAGUCCUUACCAGAGGCACUUCCUGUAUAAUGCGGUUAAUUUUCUGAUACUAUGUAUACUUAAUUUAUGUAAACCAUAGUCAUAGUAUGUUUUACUUGUCAAUGUACCCAAAUCUUUUGAUUGAUACUGGUAGGCCUCAUCUUUCUUUCCUAUUGUCUAGAAAAACCAAAUUCAGAAAAGGGUAGUGGGUUUACCAGGGGUUGGGGAAAACCUGAAAAGCAUCUGCGGGAAGGUGAAAAUCAAAUCAGUGACGUGUUUCGUAUAACUUUACCACCAAUGAACUAUUCCUUUGGAAAAUGGAAUAUUUUUAUGUUUUCACUGGUUUGACCAACGAUGUAAUAAUAUCCAGCAUUACUGUGAUUAUCAGUA